AGCGGAACCAUGCAAACAGAUCAAAGUGCCAGUCGGCCGUUGUUUUGUGUCGCACAACCUGUAGCAGAGUUAGCAAGAGCUAUUCCUAGCCAGCGAUCAUCUCUUCGUCUCACAUGACAUGUCCACAGAAAGGCUCUAACAUCUACCCCAGUGAAACCUCAGGUUAGCAGAAUGGCAGAACCUAAACCACCUACUCCGACCCCUGGAGACACAUACAAAGGUUGGCUCUUCAAAUGGACCAACUACAUAAAAGGUUACCAGAGACGGUGGUUUGUUCUCAGCAAUGGACUGCUCUCUUAUUAUAGGACCCAGGCUGAAAUGGGUCACACAUGUCGAGGCACGAUCAACUUGGCCACAGCAAACAUUGUUGUGGAGGACUCGUGCAAUUUUGUUAUUUCCAACGGAGGGGCACAGACCUAUCACUUGAAGGCAAACUCAGAAGUAGAGCGCCAGCGAUGGAUCACUGCCCUGGAACUCGCCAAGGCAAAAGCUGUUCACAUGCAGGCUGAAUCUGAUGACUCGGGUGAUGAGUGUCCUGCAGUCCCCCCGACCUCAGGACAGGGUGGAGGCGCCCGCAACUCAGAAAUACAGUCUACGCUGCGCACCCUCAGUAGCAAGGUGGAAGACCUGAGCACCUGCAAUGAUCUCAUUGUGAAGCAUGGGUCCGCCCUCCAAAGGUCUUUGUCAGAACUGGAGGGGAUUCGUGUUGGAGGUGACAUGGGGGAAAAGUUCCGACAAGUCACAGAGAGGGCCACACUGUUUCGAAUCACCUCCAACGCCAUGAUAAAUGCUUGUAGAGACUUCCUGUCACUGGCCCAGACCCACAGUAAGCGCUGGCAGAAGGCCUUACAGACUGAAAGAGACCAGCGGAUACGGCUGGAGGAGACCCUGGAGCAGCUCGCUAAGCAGCACAACCACUUGGAAAGAGCCUUCAGAGGAGCCACAGUUCUGGCUCCUUCACUUAGCAAUCCAAACUUAGCUAAUAAAGGUGCGUCAGGAAAAGGAGACGCCAGUGAUGAGGAUGAAGAAAAUGAGUUCUUUGAUGCUAUGGAGGACCCAGCUGAAUUUAUUACGAUACCUGCUGAUCCCAAGUAUCACAGGAGAUCUGGCAGCAACGUGAGUGGACUCAGCAGUGAGAUCGGAAUGGACGACCAGUCGGUAAACUUCGAUGAACAGUCUUUGGCAUCCAAUCCAGAAUCUCCACAGCCUCUGGAGCUUGAACCGGUCAGACAAAGACGAACUCGAAUCCCGGACAAGCCCAACUAUUACCUCAAUCUCUGGAGCAUUAUGAAGAACUGUAUUGGAAAGGAGCUUUCAAAAAUACCCAUGCCUGUGAACUUCAAUGAACCCUUGUCGAUGCUCCAGCGCCUGUCUGAAGACCUGGAGUACUUCGAGCUCCUGGAUAAGGGGGCGAAGUGUCAGAGCUCCCUGGAGCAGAUGUGCUAUGUGGCAGCUUUCACAGUGUCGUCCUAUUCCACCACGGUUCACCGCACAGGAAAGCCCUUCAACCCACUGCUGGGAGAAACCUUUGAGCUGGAUCGACUCCGAGACUGUGGCUACCGCUCUCUCUGUGAACAGGUGAGUCACCACCCGCCUGCCGCUGCUCACCAUGCCAUCUCAGAGAAGGGCUGGACCCUCAGACAGGAGAUCACUCUGGCCAGCAAGUUCAGAGGAAAAUACCUCUCCAUCAUGCCCUUGGGGUCGAUCCAGUGUAUAUUUGAUAAGAGCGAAAAUCACUACUCUUGGAAAAAAGUGACCACAACAGUACACAACAUAAUUGUUGGGAAAUUAUGGAUUGAUCAGUCUGGAGAAAUAGACGUGAUCAACCACAAGACAGGAGAUCGCUGCCACCUCAAGUUUGCUCCUUACAGCUAUUUUUCCAGAGAUGUACCAAGAAAGGUAACAGGAGUCGUAACUGACAAGGACGGGAAGGCUCACUACGUGCUGUCAGGAACGUGGGAUGAGAAAAUGGAGUUUUCCAGAAUAAUGCAGAGCAGUAAAGGCGAGAACGGCACUGAAGGCAAACAGCGGACGGUGUAUCAGACCCUCAAAGCCAAAGAAAUCUGGAGAAAGAACCCUUUACCGGAGGGAGCGGAGAACAUGUAUUUCUUCUCCUCCCUGGCCUUGACGCUUAAUGAAUCUGAAGACGGAGUGGCUCCAACGGACAGUCGAAGACGCCCCGACCAGCGAUUAAUGGAGGACGGCAGGUGGGACGAGGCGAACGCAGAGAAGCAGAGGCUCGAAGAGAAACAGCGCACCACGCGCAGAGAGCGGGAAAGGGAGGCCGUCAAAGCAGCGAGCUCGCCCGAGGAAGGCACCCACUCCGACAACUACCAGGCCCUGUGGUUCGAGAAGAUCGACGACCCGGUGUCCGGAGAGACGCUGCACGUCUACAAGGGGGGCUACUGGGAGGCCAAGGACCAGGGGAGCUGGGACAUGUGUCCCGAUAUCUUCUGAUCUCCACCAAAUCAGUGCUGUAAGAGUAAAGUAAGGAACAUCAACCUCUCGUCAGUGUCCGUACCUUCCACCUGGACUUCACCCUGAAAUUAAAGACACUGCUCACUUCGUCACAUUGCAGCUGGUUAGUCUUCACUGCCUCUCUAACGAUGAAAACCUUUACAGCUGCAUCUGGCUAACAGUCGAGUACGUAUUGUGAACACAACGUAGUCAGAGGGAUUAAUUCAUCUUGAAAACAUGCCUAACGUGAUUGUUUUUUUGUUUUGUUUUGUUUUUUUCUGAUUCUGACUAUGUUACAAUAAGUACAUUGGAGCUUUUCCUGCACAACACCACUGUCUGUCCCAGUUCACACAUGCAGCCCAAUAACAGUUCAAUUCACAGAUUAAAAGCUCUGAGAUUCAGAAUUUUUUGUCAAACUAAGUGACAAAUGAAACGGUGUUGCAGUGUCACUGACACACUCACAAAUUUUGCCUUUUAAAUUCUUGGGGAUUUGUGGUGCUGCUUCAUUUCCCAAAAGUCAAACAAUAAUACUGUUGGUGUACCUCAUGUUUUAUUGAAGUUUUUGUGUUUCAUCUGUUCAAAUAUGUGUGUUGUUUUGUUUUGUUUUGUUUUUCUCACACUCCAAAUAGUCUUUCAACUCCUUGUCAAAAAAGAUAUGAUAUUGAGGCUUUUGAAAUGUGAUUAUAUUGAUUAUCUCCACCUGGUUUAUUAGCCUUCAGGUCUGCAGUGUUCAUGUUAAGAAACGUUGAUCUUAGAAGACUGUGAAACGGCAUCAGAGUGCUAUUUCUCCUUUUCUGGUGAUAUUCUUCAGAGUAGAGGGGCGUGUUUCAGAUUCGAUUGACAUUUUCGGCAGCCAGUUGGCUGAACGUGUUAGAAAUCAAGAAGUUUGAGCAAAUGUCUACAGCCAGCACCUCUGCCUUCACACGGGAGUGAUUUAACAUCUGACGUUGUUUCACAGGAUGGAAAUAUGUUGUGAGAAAUUAAAAAAAAAAAAAAGAAAGGUUACAAUCACUGCCACCGCUGAAACAAUAAACAAUGUCACCCCAUUGUGUUGCCCAUAGAAACAAGUGAUGUAAACUUCAUGUGAUAAAUAUCUAGAGUUACCUGAACCUCAAUAGACCUGCACCAGGCUGUGAAACAUUAUUGCUCCUUUUUUUUUUCUUUGGUCAUUCGGUCAGCCGGAUGAAUGAACUCUUACUGUUCGAUGCGGCGUAACGCACUCCUUCUCGAAAUGCUCCCGCGAGUUCGCCCUGCCUCUCCAACUCUGUGAAUUUCAGAUGUAUUUUUGUAACCACCGACGACUAGUUCGAUUCCGCUCGCCAUCAAAUCCCAGGGUUAUUUAUGUCAACGUUCGAGAUUAAACUGAAAGCGGAAAAGCUGUGCUCCAAAGUGUCUCUGAACCGAGUGCUGGUUUCUGCUGGCUUGAUGAUUUGGCAGGUGAAGGAAAAUACCAGGCGAAUGGGCUUUGCUCUUCUAGUUUCCUUCAAAUGCGUCAAUCAUAGCUUUAAUCUUGAUGAAGACGUUUUUGUAGUUUUUGUGUGCUGCAGGUCUCGAUUUUUAACAGACAGCAAUAAGAGUGCCUCCACUCGUGCGUGAAAUGUGAGGCCAGUUCAAAGCAACAAAAACCCAAGUCCUCCAUAUUUGUGUCCAUUGUUUGUUGUGAGUGGGAGGACGUUGUUUUUGAUGGAAACAAAAGAUUUUGUUUUUAUAUUCAAGUGUACUUAAAACGAGAACACUGGGAAUUAACACAACAAAACAUAGUGUUGGAACAUAGUGUGAUUUCUGUGUGUAUAUAAUAUUUAGUGACGUACUGUUCUGUCAGCUGGUUGAAUUGAUGGAGAAUCGAAUGACGAUGAUGCACUUUUUCACGCCCUCUUGUAUUGUUUUGUUUUUUUUUCUCACCACAUACAGCCACAUCUCAAACAAUUAGAAUAAAAUGGCAAAUGAUUGAGGUUUCUUUUGUAAAAACUGUGGCAACUGGUAAAAUAGAGCCACCACAUGAGUACUCAACCUCAAUGUCUAUAAAAUUCAAAGUUAUACAAAUCAAGCAUUAAUCAGAUCAGAUGUUUGUUUUUUUUUACUCGAGAUCUUAAUUGUCACAAUCAAAACUUUCAUAUGCUGUUAAUAUUUUAGUUUAUAUGUCAUGAAUAUGGAAACUGCCCAAACUGAACUCUCCUAUAUUGUUCAUUGUUUUUGAGAUGUAGCUGUUAGUUACUUCUUCUGUUGUCAUUAACACAUUUUUUUUCCUUGUAGAUAUUGGCUUCACUUGUCCAUCCCCAGUGUUUGUGUUUUUAACUUUUGUUUGUAACUUUAUCAUUGUUGCUAUGUGUGGUGGGCUUUUUUUUUUUUUUGGUCUUCACUUUGCAAACUGUCACCCUCUUACAGUUUUCCCGCAUUUCUUAAAUAAACUGAAGGUGUUCUUGCACUUUAGAACAGUACAUGAGUGAUUUACAACUUGAUUGAACUAAUAAAUGGUCAACAUGGUGACCUUGGCCUCU